AUGGGCGGCGCUGGCGGGCGGGAGGAGGAUGUUUCGUCGUCAGACAUUCAUGUUUUGUUUGACCCCCGGCAGCUAUCCUCCGUAGUAUUGUUACCAGUCUCAUGUUGUAGAGGUUUUUCCUCCUGGCUGGAUGACACGAAGUUACAGGAAACGUUUGUAUGUGUUGGAGGAAACCUUUCACGGGUGAAAACUUUUAUUGCCUACGUAGCUGAAGAACUGGGGCUUGGGAGCCCUGGUAGGGCAGGGUACAAAGUGGGACCUGUUUUGUCCGUCAGUCAUGGUAUGGGCAUUCCUUCUAUUUCAAUCAUGUCGCAUGAGCUGAUCAAACUGUUGUAUCGUGCCAAGUGUUCCAACGUAACCACUGUUUGUAUUGGCACUUCUGGUGGAAUAGGUCUGGAGCCAGGCUCAGUGGUUAUAACCCGGCAGUGUGGAGGAACCCCCGUCAAACCUCAAUUUGAAGAGGUUGUUCUGGGAAAGACCGUACUUCGCAGUACAAACCUGGAUGAACAGCUGUGGAAAAGUGGAAAAAUAAAGGCUGUCAUGAUUGAACAAAUGAGCGAGACUCCUGAGCUGUGUCCUUGA